AAUCACUCCCAUAAAAAGUAAAAUCAAUCAAAGGUCUCCUCCCCUCCCUGUCCCUCAACAUUAUUCUGCCCAAUCCAUCUACUCCCCUCCCCCCCCCCAAAAUUAUUUCUCUCUCUCUCUCCGUUCAUCAAGAAACCAUAACCUGAACCCCAACCACAACCACAACCAAAAUAAAUCAAACCCAUCUAGAUACCCACUCAUUAAUCCGUAGUCAAGUCAUUUAUACAGGUAUUGUGUUGGAAUGGAAUUAAAUAACAUUGAGUGUAUAUCGGAUGUUACGGAUGAGGAUGAGAUCCAUCGUCUUCUUCUUCACCCUCAGUUUGCCUCUUCCAAGCCUCAGAUUCAUCCCACAACAAGUGUCCAUGAGCUUCUCGAAUGCCCAGUUUGUACCAAUUCAAUGUACCCUCCAAUACACCAGUGUCAUAACGGGCACACACUCUGCUCCACCUGCAAAGAGAGGGUACACAAUCGCUGUCCCACUUGUAGACAGGAGCUCGGUGAUAUAAGGUGCUUAGCGUUAGAAAAGGUGGCUGAAUCACUUGAACUACCUUGCAAGUAUAGCACUCUUGGUUGCCCUGAGAUUUUCCCCUACUACAGCAAGCUCAAACAUGAGGCCAUUUGUAAUUUUAGACCAUACAACUGCCCCUAUGCUGGAUCAGAGUGCUCAGUCGUGGGAGAUAUUCCGUACCUAGUUACUCAUCUUCGGGAUGAUCACAAAGUAGACAUGCACUCUGGAUGCACUUUUAACCAUCGCUAUGUCAAGUCUAAUCCACGUGAAGUAGAGAAUGCCACAUGGAUGUUAACCGUUUUUAAUUGUUUUGGUCAGUACUUCUGUCUCCAUUUCGAAGCCUUUCAACUGGGUAUGGCUCCUGUUUACAUGGCGUUUCUACGAUUCAUGGGUGAUGAGACAGAUGCCCGAAACUACAGUUACAGUUUGGAGGUAGGGGGAAAUGGCCGGAAACUCAUUUUUGAGGGCACCCCUAGGAGCAUAAGGGAUAGUCACAGAAAGGUGAGAGACAGCCACGACGGCCUCAUUAUACAGCGAAAUAUGGCACUUUUCUUUUCGGGAGGAGAAAGGAAAGAACUGAAGCUCCGAGUUACAGGGCGAAUAUGGAAGGAGCAACAGACUCCGGAUGGUGGGGUGUGCAUACCCAACCUCUGUAGUUAGCUCUCUCUCUCUCUCUCUCUCUCUCUCUCUCUCCUUGGGUGGUGAAUUUUCUGAUAAUGUGGUUAGUUGAUAGAGAUGUUGAAUUCUCUCUCUCUCUCUCUCUCUCUCUCUCUCUCUCUCUCUCUCUCUCUCUCCCCUUGGGUGGUGAAUUUUCUGAUAAUGUGGUUAGUUGAUAGAGAUGCUGAAUUCUCUCUCUCUCUCUCUCUCUCUCUCUCUCUCUCUCUCUCUCUCUCUCUCUCUCUCCUUGGGCGGUGAAUUUUCUGAUAAUGUGGUUAGUUGAUAGAGAUGUUGAAAAUUGUUGAGACUUGAGACAUGUUAUUAUGAAUACAGAUAGUGGCUGGAAGAUUCAGCUUUCAUCG